GGCACGACAUAGCUGAAAACCGCCAGCGGAACAAAUGAAAACGAAAACCACUCUUUCAUUUGGAUUAAUUCAGGGGCGAGACACUCAAUCGGAGCGAGAAGCUUUUUAAGCGAAAUUGGACCGACUGCCGAGGAUUGGGACAUCAGCUACUGUGGGAUAACACCGCCGAAUGGUUUCUGUUGCCCCGCCGCUAAGGUUGCUGGCUAAGAGAAACAGCCGAUAAUGCACGGCAUCUGCUCUGGAGCCACACCCACUUCCUGCCUGUAGAGGAAGCGGCUGUGCCAGCAUGUCCUCUCAUCCCCAGUCUGUGCCGCCGGGCCGGAGGACUGUGGACACACGGCACCUGCCGAACCCUGCCACUCUACCGCUGCAGCUGCAACGGGCGCACACGGAAGUGGGACUGGUCGACUACCACUCUCAUCAUGCAAGGGACUACGGCUCCCACCUGGCCCAGCCGCAUCGCCGCCGGCCUUCCUUACUGUCAGAGUUUCAGCCUGGCAAUGAAAGAGGACAAGAGCAGCAUAUCCGCUAUGAACACAUCUACCUGCCAGAGCCAACCGGCCAGUCAGACCUGGAGUAUGCAGAGAUCAAACGGCCUCGAUUAGAGAUGGGACCGGAGUCUCUGAUGAGGCCUUCAUCCCACCGGCCACAAUUGCCUCUGGGAGGGGCUGAGGAUAUGGCAAAGGAUCGCGGAGGUGCCAUGGGGAAACUGGAGCCAAUCUCCCCCGUGAGCCCGGUCCACAUGGACCCUGACUUGGAUAUGGUGCCGGCUCGCUUCUCCAAGGAGGAGCUGAUCCAGAACAUGGACCGCGUGGACAGGGAGAUCACCAUGGUGGAGCAGCAGAUCUGCAAGCUUCGCAAGAAACAGCAACAGUUGGAGGAGGAGGCCGCAAAGCCCCAUGAGCCAGAGCGGCCCAUCUCACCGCCACCGAGCGAGGCCAAGCACCGCAGCCUGGUGCAGAUCAUCUACGAUGAGAACAGGAAAAAGGCAGAAGAGGCUCACAGGAUACUGGAGGGACUGGGACCCAGGGUGGAACUGCCUCUGUACAAUCAGCCUUCUGACACCAAGCAGUACCAUGAGAACAUCAAAAUAAACCAGGCGAUGAGGAAGAAGCUCAUCUUGUACUUCAAGAGGAGAAAUCAUGCUCGUAAGCAGUGGGAACAGAAGUUUUGCCAGCGCUACGACCAGCUGAUGGAAGCCUGGGAGAAGAAGGUCGAGCGCAUCGAAAACAACCCGCGGCGCCGAGCCAAGGAGAGCAAGGUGCGAGAGUACUACGAGAAACAGUUCCCAGAGAUCCGCAAGCAACGAGAGCUACAGGAGCGCAUGCAGAGCCGUGUCGGGCAGCGAGGAGGUGGGCUGACCUCGUCUGCAGCACGCAGUGAGCAUGAGGUCUCCGAGAUCAUUGAUGGAAUAUCGGAGCAUGAGAACACAGAGAAGCAAAUGCGACAGCUGGCGGUCAUCCCUCCCAUGCUGUUUGAUGCUGAGCAGCAGCGCAUCAAGUUCAUCAACAUGAACGGACUGAUGGAUGAUCCCAUGAAGGUGUACAAGGACCGGCAGGUGAUGAACAUGUGGAGCGAGCAGGAGAAGGACACUUUCAGAGAGAAGUUCAUCCAGCACCCCAAAAACUUCGGUCUGAUUGCAUCUUUUCUGGAGAGAAAGACGGUGGCAGAGUGUGUGCUCUUUUACUACCUGACCAAAAAGAAUGAAAACUAUAAGAACAUAGUGCGGAGGAACUACAGACGCCGAGGAAGAAGCCAGCACGGCCAGCAGCAGCAACAGCAGCAACAAGUGCAGCGGAACAGCCAGGAGGACAAGGAGAAGGAGGAGAAAGAGAAGGAGGGAGAGAGGGAUGAAGAAAAAAAUGAAGCCGAAGACAAGGAAGAUGGAAUGAAGGAUGACACCUCUGGAGAAGAUGCAGAGGACAAAGAGCCCACUGUGGCUUUCAAGGGUCGACGCACAGCCAACAGCCAGGGACGCCGCAAGGGCCGCAUCACCCGCUCUAUGACCAGCGAAGUGGAGGAGACCACCACGCCACCACUCAACAAUGAGCUCGCCAAUCUGGAGAUGAAUGAGAGCUCUCGCUGGACUGAAGAAGAGAUGGAAACCGCCAAAAAAGGCCUUCUCCAGUAUGGUAGGAAUUGGUCCGCCAUCGCCAAGAUGGUGGGAUCAAAAACUGUGUCACAGUGCAAGAACUUCUACUUCAACUACAAGAAGAGGCAGAAACUGGAUGAGAUUCUGCAGCAGCAUAAAAUGAAAUCGUGUGUGUCUGUUUCGACCCAGGAGAAGGAGCGAAAGGCCCGUCGUAGGGGCAAAACUGUUCAGAAUGAGGAGACCAGUGCCCCGUAUGCAGCGGAGGAGGAGGAAAUGGAGGGUUCAGGAGCCAGCGGCAAUGAAGAGGAGGCCCCUGAAGAUGGAGAAGGUGGAGCCAACAACAGCUCUGACACGGAGAGCCUGCCCUCGCCACAUUCAUCAGAGGAUAGCAAGGCUAAGGAGGAAGGCUCAAGCAGGUCAAAGGCCAGCUCCAACAGCGGGGACAAGGAGGCGUCCGGGUCCGACGUGGGCCAGGCAGGGGACGAGAAACCUCCCGUCAAGGAAGAUGCAGACUCUGCCAUCAAGCAGGAGAUAAAGACUGAGACAGGGGAGCCCAGCAAGGAGCAGCUGCAGCCGACAGCACCCAGCGAUGCCACAGAUAAAAAACCUCCUACAGCAGAGAUGGAGGAAGUCAAAAGCUCCACCAAGAGCUCCAAGAAGGACCACGGGGCCAAAACCGGCUCCCAUGGGGACAGCGACUCUAGUGCCACCUGCAGUGCUGACGAAGUGGAGGAGACAGACAACACAGAUAAGAGCAGAAUGACCUCUCCUCGGCCAAGCCUACUGAACUACACUCACGAUGGGGUCAUAUCCUCCCCCCUGCAGAAGCCCAUGGACCUGAAACAGCUCAAACAGAGGGCUGCUGCUAUACCACCUAUUAUGCCAGAAGCCUCCAUGCAGGGCAGUCAGCGGAGUGGGGGUGGCAAGGCAGUGCUGCCCCCCCACGCCCUGGCACUGUACCAGCAGCAGAUCACCAUGGCUCACGGGGAGUCCUCUCAAGAGGUCAAACAGCAACAGCAACAGCAGCAGCAGCUUUCAGGCCAGCCGGGCAAACAGCAGCCUUACAACCCGCAGGCAGAGAGAGACAGGGAGGCUCUUCAUAGCAGCAGCCCUCGUGUUCGCCCACGCAGCCCCUCCACCAGCGACAAGGAUGAGCUGGAAAGCAGCGAGAGGUGGUUACAGACCCUCCUGCAGGGAUUAAAAAAGUCGCGGGCGUUCUCGCCGCAUAGCGAAGCCAAGAAACAGGCGAUGGGCCCCGAUGACCUGAGGACCUCCAACUUAGGUCGGCCAGUUCUCUCCCCCUACCCCAUGUCCCAGCGAGACAUGGCCAAGAUAUCUCACGACCAGCACCUGCUCCACUUCAACUCGUUCCAGCAAGCAGGCCACCCCUCGCUCACUAGUCUGCCACCGGACAGUGGUCGAAUGGCAGCGGUGAGGCCCCUCACAGAGCCCCCGCCACUCAUUUCCUCCACCAAGCCAGGAGGCUCCAUCACGCAGGGCACCCCAGUGCAGUUACACAGCCCAGCUCAUGUGUUGGACCACGGGAAGAUGCCCCCCACACAGAUGGGGAUGUCUUGGAUGGAUCAGAGGAAAGCGGCAGGUCCUUUCCCUGUGGUCAAACAGGAGCAGCUGUCCCCUCGCAGCUCGUCCUCUCAAGCUGACAACCUGUCGAGCCAGGGGACGCCUCACGAUAGCGCUGCUGGGCGUGCUUCUAUUCCAGCUGUUCAGGGGGGAAGUAUCACUAAGGGCAUCCCAGGGACCAGAAUGCAUCCAGAUUCCUCAAUCUCCUACCGAGGGGGCUCCAUUACUCAGGGGACGCCGGCUGAUGUGCUGUAUAAGGGAACCAUAACCCGUCUGAUCACAGAGGACAGCGCCAGCCGAGCCGAGAGGGAGCGGGACGAGGCGCUUUCUAAAGGCCACGUGGUCUACGAGGGCAUCAGCGGGCACAUUCUCACAUAUGACCGCUCGACUUCUCAGACCCCUAAAGAUGAGGGCCGAGGCCCCGGGCAGCCCGGGGACAUUCUAGGCCUGAAGCGUCCUUAUGACGUUAUGGAGGGAGGCAUCUCUAGAGGGCUGCCUAUGAGGGAUUCACUGUCUGCCGCCAACUGUGAAGGUCUGAUUGGCCGAGCCAUGCCUCAUGAUCGGGACAGUCCACAUCACACGCCCUACAAGGAUGCUCAUCACAUCCGUGGUUCCAUCUCUCAAGGUAUACCUCGUCACCUGGACCCUCAGGAUGGCUACCUGAGGAGGGAGGCUAAGCAGAUGAAGAGGGAGGGCUCCCCGCCACGCGGGCCCGGUUCACUUUCUGACCCCAUGAAGGGCAGAGAGGGCAUGGUGCCCACGGUGAAGGAGGCCGGGCGCUCCAUCCACCUCAUUCCCAGGGAGGAGCUCAGACAGCCUGGCAAGGAGGGCAUCAUAGCACAGGGAACACCCAUGAAGCAGGAGGCGGCCGGUUCAGGGAAACGUCACGAUGUCCGCUCCAUCAUAGCCAGUUCACCGCGCUCCUACCACAGUGCGCCCUCCCACCUGGAGAUGCGUGCAGAGAGGGGCCGCUAUGAAGAGGCACCAAAAGGGAGGCCCAGCGCUGUGGUGAGCACGGCUAGCCCUAUUGCCCGCUCCUCUCCCCUCACACUGGGGUCAGAGCAGGGGAGCAAGGCCCAUCAUAGUCCAGUGGGCUACGAGGACAAAGGCGCCUUAAGGACCCCGUACCCUGGUCCCUCGCAUCGUGGCUCCCCUCUGUCCAGGGAGGCAAGCCAAAGGCAGCAUGACGGUUCCAGUAAGAAUCCGCCCCAGGAGCGUAAAGCCACACCAACCCCCAGGGAAAUGAGUGCUACCAAAUCACCUCUCCCAGGUGUUGCAGAUCAGCAGACCUACGAGCGUCUGCUGCAGGGUCUCGGAGCUGCAGAUGUGUACCGUCAAAUCCCUUUAGCCUUUGAUCCUGCAGCGCUGCCCCGUGGCAUCCCCAUUGACCCAGCAGCCUACUACUUGCCUCGCCAUCUGGCCCCCAACCCUGCAUACCCUCACCCCUACCCCUACCUCAUUCGUGGCUUUCCCGACACCGCGGCCCUGGAGAACCGCCAGACGCUGCUCAAUGACUACAUCACCUCCCAGCAGAUGCACCAGUGGCCCGCAGCUGCCGCCAUGGCCGCCCAGCGCUCGGACCUGCUGAGGGGCCUGACUCCGCGAGACCAGCCCCUUCCUCUGCCGUACUCCGCAGCCCCCCGCGGAAUCAUCGAUCUUUCUCAGGUGCCACACUUACCUGUCCUGGUCCCUCCCUCUGCAGGGGCAGCCGGCUCCCCAAUGGAUCGCAUCACCUACAUCCCCGGGGGAAGCGCCACCUUCCCUGGCAGGCCUUACACCACCUCCCCUAUCUCACCUGUCGGGUCGUCGCACAUGAACAAGAUGCAGGGCGCACCUUCAUCUUCAGAGCGCGAGCGAGAAAGAGACCGCGAACGUGACCGAGAGCGGGAGAGGGACCGGGAGCGAGACCGAGACCGGGAGCGAGAGAGAGACCGGGAGCGGGAGAGAGACCGGGAGCGGGAGAGAGAGAGGGAGCGGGACCGGGAGCGUGAGCGGGACCGGGAGCGAGACAGGGACCGGGACCGGGACAGAGAGAGAGACCGAGAGCGCGACCGAGAGAAGGGCGGCUCUGUUGGAAAUGUGGAGCACGCCCCCAUCUGGCGACCAGGGACAGAGCACAGCCUGGCCAGCAGCAGCAGUGGCGUGAGACCUUCGUCCCAGCCGUACAGCCACCAGCACUCCCCCGUGUCCCCUCGCACCCAGGAGACCGUGCAGCAGAGGCCGAGCGUCCUGCACAACACCGGCGGCAAGAGCCUUUCUGUCAGCGAACACUCCAGCUCAUCUGUGUUUCGGUCCAUGACCUCAGGGCCGGCACGCUACCAAGGUUACCCAGGCCACCUCCAAAGGACAGGUGUUCCCCCCGAGGCCUAUCCGCCUGCCGUGGACUCGAGUGUGGCCAAAGAGCAGAGUCGCGAUGGAGGCAAAAACAGGGGAGGUCUACCCAAGCAUGUGCAGGACCAACACGGGCCCUCCAGUAAAUCUGACCCCAAGCUGUCCAGCCCCAGCCCUGGAGGAAUGUACCCAGGUUCCUACCCCUCGGCUUCAGGCCGGCCGCAACACCUGCUGCCUCUCCAGUCGGAGAACCCUCCUGGUCGUGGAGAAAGCGGUACACCUAGUAGGGAAAAGACUCAAAACAAACCGAUGUCCAUUCAGGAACAAGAGCUCCGAGCACUCGUUCAACAGAAGAUGGAGCCACACGGUCUGUACCGGCCCCCAUCUGAGGAGAGACUGUCUCCAGGCCAGCAGCCCACGUCCCCCUGUGUUAAAGGCAGCCAGAGGGUGGUCACCCUGGCGCAGCACAUCAGUGAGGUGAUCACUAAAGACUACACCAGGCAGAGCCAGCAGCAGCAGAGCUACCACGGCUCUCCUGUCCUGGACCUGACCCGUCCACCCAGUGCCUCCCAGCCCCCACCCACCUCACAGGAGUCUGCCCAAGGACCCCGAUAUCUAGAGGGCCUCGGUGGAGAACGCAACAGAGACCGGUCUCCCCCUCAGCCCAAGACAUCACCUGUCAGUGUUUCAAAUGACGGCAUUGAACCAGUAUCUCCCGCCGGAGCCAACUCUGAGCCUGAAGUCCAGGGAGGGGCCUCCUACCCCAACGAGCAGGGAGAGCAAGGAAUGGGCUCCCGCUCUCCACCCAACGCCUCCCAGCCCCCGGCUUUCUUCAGCAAGCUGACGGAGAACACGUCAGCCAUCGUGAAGUCGAAGAAACAGGAGAUGAUCAAGAAGAUGACCGUGGUGGGAAAUGAGGGCGAUUUCAAUGCGGGUCAGCCGGGAACGGAGAUCUUCAACAUGCCGGCGUCCACGACUGCAGGACCCGUGAGUGUCCGCUGCCACCCGACUCCAGAGACGCCGGGGAACUCAAUCGGCCUGGAGGCCAUUAUACGAAAAGCCUUAAUGGGCAAAUACGACGACCAGUCUGAGGACCGCUCUGCCUCCUGUGCUGCUAACCCGAUGGGCUCCAGCAUGUCCGCCUUGACCGUAGCCGACGGACGAGCCGAGGACUUCUUCUCACAAGGUGGAGGGAAGUCCUCAAAGAGCGGAGGGCGCUCUAAUGGGCGGAAGGCCAAAUCUCCAGGACCGGGCCUGUCGGGGGGCGAGAGACCGUCCUCGGUGUCCUCGGUCCACUCUGAGGGAGACUGCAACAGACGAACUCCUCUCACCAACCGUGUGUGGGAGGACCGGCCUUCGUCCACAGGUUCCACUCCAACCCCCUUCCCAUGCAACCCGCUGAUAAUGCGUUUCCCCAGCGGGACAGUGUCCGCUCCCUCCCCCUCCUCCGGUCAGCCGGGGGCCCAGGGCCCGGGGAUGGGACCUGGACAGGGCCGGUCCUGGGAGGAGGAGCCCAAACCUCUGCUCAUGUCUCAGUACGAGACGCUGUCUGACAGCGAGUGACCCGAAGUUCAGCCGCACCACAGGGGGCGCUAACAGUCAACCGACGCACACACACACACACACACACCUGCUAACACACCUGCUCCAUUCCACUCUGCACCUCCUCCCUCCAUCAGUGUCCUCCUCUCACACACCGGAGACACCAAGCAGGACAAGCCGGACACUGCUGCUGUGCGUGCGUGUGUGUGUGUGUGUGUGUGUGUGUGUGAUGCAGUCACUCCAGGACUACUCUAAAGGACAAAUCACUUCUUCUUUUUUUUUUCUUUUUUUUUUUAAACUUUACUACUUCUCCUCACUGGCCUUAUCAACAGACACAUUGACCUGCACCUGGACUUUCGGCCGCUCUACCGACAGAUUUGGACUGCAGAUCUGACCCCAGAGCAGCGGAGGACCCAGUCACGUCGCUUCACGGAGAACUCCGGGUGCAGGCGGCCCGUGCACUGCUACCACUACAAGAAGACGUGCGAGGGGGCGGGAGGAGAGUCGACAUCCUGUUUUUCUUGUUUUGGUUCUUUCUUUCGCUCCUUUGAAUCCAGUCCAGUCCUGUGUUUGGAACGUGAGCUGAGACCUUUAGUACAUUUUGAUGGUGAACUUUUGAUGGUGUCAUUUGUUGUCUAUUAUCUGCAAUGAUGUAUCUUUUGGGGGGCGGGGGGCAGAGAUUGUUAUGUGGGAGGGUCAUAUCAUUGGUUUACAGGGUAAACACGCUGUUCAUUGCUGAUGUCAUAUAUUAGGGAGGGUCCUGAGGAACGGCGACGGCCUGUUGACGUCAGGCCCCCGCGCGGGGGAGAUGAUUUGCCAGACGGAUGGCACUGAAACAAGUGACACUUUCUCACUGUUUUUAUAUUAACCAUGUCUGUGUUUGUUGAAGCAGUUUUUGGAUAUUAAGCACUUAGUUGUCGAUCUGUUCACGAUGGCAUUUUUUAGAAUCUGUGUUUCCUGGGGCGGGUGAGAAGCGGACUCUAGAGCAGCAUAGAAACCCCACCGCGGAGGAACCCUUCAGCGCCGACCCGUUUAAUUUUGGUCUCGCCACCGACGUUCUUCAUCGCUCCCGCACUCAAAGCGACAAUCACAUUUUAGUGAACGACGACUUCGCUGCUUCGAGCAGGUGCGGACCGACCUUAAAGCUGCUUAACGGCAAACUCCUCAGCAUCACUUGGGGUUUGUUCGCAUUGAAGAGGUGACAAAAAGCCAUCUUUCUACGACCCUCGGUCCGCGGCGGCGGCGGCUUCAGCCGGCUGCUGGAAUCCCGGCCAGGAGCUGUUGUGACGGUCUGACCUCUGACCUUUCGUUGCCCGGAGGAGGAGCCGCGACCCAGCUCCUCGUCCAGGCAGAUUUUGUACAGUUAUGAGAUAUUCCUAGUGUUAAGUGCCAUUUAUUUUACAUAUACAGUACAGAAGUUACCAAGUGACGCACAAUUUUUCUUUUCGCCCCCGACAGGGUUUAUUCUGUCCACGCAGGGAAAUCCAACAACAAAAAGCAAAUGAAACGUCCUCUUAACGAUCUUGUGUGCAUUUUUUUUCUUUUCUUCCAAAUCCAUCACAGCCUUAGCUUUUAACUGUUCGACUCAUUGGAUUUAUGUUCAGAAUGACAGGACAGCUGAACUGGGCCCGCGUCAGACCUUCUCUCAGCCUCGACACCGACGACAUACUUCAAGUGUACUUCAUCGCCCCCCCCCUCUCCGUGUUUGCGCCGGCUAGAGGAGGUCGAGGGGAAGGCGUGGAAAGCACUCUGGUAGUUUUACGUAACAUCAGUAGACAUGUGCUCACAUUUUACUGCAGUAUUUCAAAGGUCGCCCUCUCCGUAAACGAUGAUCUGUCUCCAGCUCGUGACUUUGUGCAGCCUGGGAUGAGUCGUGUCCUCUGACUCGAUGGGAGCGGCGCUCGUUUCGUCGCUUAGAAAGACGAAGUUCAUUUUGUCACGGUGGAUUCUCACAACACAGACACGACUGUUAUAGGACUACCUCCUCUUCCUCCUUGAAUCACACCUGCAGAAAGCUCGGCCAUGUUUAAUCUGAUUUGUUUUCUAUCAAGGCUGACAGAGGGUUUGUAAUUUCAUCGGCGAGGCGCGAAUGCAGCCGGGCUUCAUACAUCUGUCUCUCUGCGUGUUUCAUAUAUCCGCUGAUGAAACUGAAGAAUGUGACGGUAAACAGACUAAGCCAUAUCCAGCUGUUCCCUAAACUGAUGACAGACUAACGUGUUGUUUUUAAAAGUAUAAUGAAAUGAAUUUUAACAUGCAUCUAUUUUGUUCUUACAGAUUGUUUUGAUUUCAGUCAUGUCACAAAUCAAAAAUAGUCGUUCAAAACGUGAAAAGAAAGUCGAUCGCUGAUGUGUUCACUGUCCAAGCGGCGGGUGGGGGGAUUGACAUAAACAGUACAUUGUUAGACCAUUUUGUGCAUAAUGAUUUUUUUUUAUUAUAACCCACUGUAUAAUAGCAAGGAUUGUAUAUAAAACUGAAGAGAUGUAAAUAUUUAUGUGGCUUGCUUCAAGGUUGGUAUUCUGAAAAAAAAUAAAAAAAAUAAAAAUAUUCACAUGGUUAAAUUCUACAUGCCCACCAGCAAGCUUUGUGGAUAGCAGUGUAAAGAUGAAAAACAAAAAAGACACUGCCUUAAUGUUUAAAUAAAAAGCUUAUUGCCAUU